AUGGCUGGGGCUCCUCGGGAUUUUGCUUGGGGAGCGGGAACUGCUGCGUAUCAAAUAGAAGGUGGCUGGCAGGCAGACGGCAAGGGACCGAGUAUCUGGGACACAUUUUGUCACGAGAACGGCAGAGUGUUUGGGGAACAGAAUGGAGAUGUGGCCUGUAACAGCUAUGAGCUGUGGGAGAAAGACCUGGAGUGCAUCCAGCAGCUUGGACUGACGCACUACCGCCUGUCACUCUCCUGGGCCCGCCUCCUGCCUGAUGGGACCACACGGCAUGUCAAUCAGACAGGUGUACAGUACUACAACAAAGUGAUAGAUGAUUUGCUCGCCUGUGAUGUAUCACCCAUGGUCACCCUUUACCACUUCGACCUGCCUCAAACUCUCCAGGAUCAGGGCGGCUGGAAGUCACCUGGUAUAGCAACCCUCUUUGACAGCUACGCUAAGUUUUGUUUCCAGACAUUUGGAGACAGAGUUAAACUUUGGAUCACAAUCAAUGAGCCACAUGUAUGCGCCAAACUGGGCCAUGAAGACGGCAUCCAUGCCCCAGGCUUGAAAGAAAAAGGCACUGCUGCCUACUUAGCGGGGCAUAACAUGCUUCGUGCCCACGCCAUGGCCUGGCACAGCUACAACUCUGUAUACAGGCCACAGCAGAAGGGUGCAGUGUCUUUAGCCCUCAACAGCGACUGGUUUGAACCAUCAGACCGACAUUGCAGUGAGGAUGUAGCUGCUGCUGAACGUGACCUUGCAUUUACUCUGGGGUGGUUUGCCUGGCCUGUGUUUGUUACCGGAGACUAUCCAGAAAUAAUGAGAACUGCUAUAGACGCUCAAAGCGAGAAGCUGAGAUACGGUGCCUCGAGGCUGCCCAGCUUCUCAAGCGAUGACCCUGCCAUUCUAGGAACAGCUGACUUCUUUGCUUUGAACUACUACACAUCCCGCAAAGUCAAACCGGGAGGAGGCUGCGGAGAAACAUUGUGUAUAAAGAGCGACCGAGAUGCAGAGGAGGUUUUGGAUUCGUCCUGGCCCAUUUGUGGAGUGUCCUGGCUGGCUGUAGUGCCAUACGGUUUAAGGAAACUACUCAAGUACAUUAAGGACACUUUCAACAACCCAGAAGUCUACAUCACAGAGAACGGCUUCUCUCAGGUGGGGCAGCUGCAAAUUGAGGAUGUCCAACGCUAGUUUUACAAGGACACCAUCAUGGAGGUGGCUAAAGCAAUCCAUCAAGACGGGGUCAACGUCCGUGGAUAUUUUGCGUGGUCGCUGAUGGACAACUUUGAAUGGGCCGAUGGAUUCAGCGUUCGGUUUGGAUUGUUCCACGUGGACUUCGUUGAUGCAAAGUUGCGUCGAACCAUAUAUCGGUCUGGACGAGAAUAUGCAAAGAUCAUAGCAAAAUACAAAUCUGGGCAGCCUAGAUGAGAGCAGCCUCAGGUAUUACUAUGUGGAUUCCUACAGAUGUACAAUUACUGAUGGCAAAAGACAAGAAACUUUUGCUGUCUCAUGUUGAAAAUAACCAUUUCAAAUAUUGUUGUUGCUUUGUUGGGCUCACAAAUUACACAUUGCAGGAACCCAGUUACUUAAACACCUAACAUUAUAAUUCAAAGCACCACUAUUGUUUUGAAAUUACUUUUUAGUUCAGAACAUCACCAGACAACAGUCCAACAAGUCGCUUGCCUUUAAAGUAAAUCUGACUUCAGCAGGCAAUGAGCAAAGAGUUGAUUCAGUGGAAUGCAAAUUAGUAUUCUGUCCUGCCCAAUUGUCAGACGGGCGCACAAGGACAUUUAUGAGGGGCCAAGGCAGCUGUUAGCAUCUCAGACCGAGCUGCUAUGUACACCAGCAAUCACAUCACCAUGAAUAACAGCAGUGCAUAACAUGCUUUAUGUGCAGAUAUGAAAGCUGACUUGUUGUGGCAGUUUCUCUGCAUCUCCAGGAUCUUAUCUUCCCAUUAAAUCUACCAAUAGGAGCUUCAACAGCAAUUGUUAUAGGUUCGACUUUGCUAAAUUUCUGUAUACUUUUAAUACGGCAUACGCCUGAUUUGCAUGCCAACAGAACAUCAUGCACAACUUCGACAUCCUUCAACUGAUUGUAAGAUUGUGUACAUAGCAUAUUCAGAUUUAGUCUUUGGUUUAUUUUUGAAUUGUUCCGCAUUAUGCAUCACUUAGACUGAUGAAACAGCAAUGUUCCUGUGUCUGAAAAGGGCUAAAGGAACAUGAAUACAAAAAGCCUUCUCAAAUGACCAGUAGCUCAAGGCAGAUCUUUUUCUACUGGGAGUAAAGCCUCUGAUUGGGUGGUAGCAUGACCUCUUUGAUAACAUUAAGUAAAUACUGUAGCUUGUCUUUUGUAGGGAAAAUAAGUCCCAAUUAAUCCAGCACAAUUGGAAAUCUUUUCCAGCCACUUCACCUAUCAAAGGGGAAGGACUCAACAUGCAAUAAACACAAUGUUCAACUUAGUUAUGAUGAUGCCGUCGGGAGAACGCUUCACUAGGCUCAAAAGGGAUGCCAGCUGAAAGCAACAGAUGUCCUGCCACAGGAAGCAAGCAUAAUGCCAUUUUGUGUUCCCUGGACAGCUGUGCAACUCCCUACUUUGAGGAAAAAAGAAGCAGCAAGGCAAGAAAAAAAAAAAACUCCCAGGGGCCCUGUUGAUUCUUUGUGCACACUGUGGUUAAGGCUAAGGAUUAUUUCAAUGGAGUCGUGAACAAUGCACUGUAUCGCUAAGGGCUUAGAGAGCUGUGUUGGAAUAUUAGGAUUUGGUAUUAGUGUGUGCAGGUGUGUCUGAUGGAACGGAGGAUAUUGUGGACAGUUUGUCAUGUUUUAGGUUCAGGUGAAAUGAAAUGCCAGUUCAGCUUCAGCAAACAGGAUGAGAAGCCAAAAUGAGAAAGAGCAGCUUUGAUAGCAUCUGUUUGUGGGACUACAGUGUCACCUUGUGGUGUAGAAGGAAAGCACAGCUGUGAAUCCAGCAGCUGCUGCACUCCACAAUAUGGUACCACAUGAUGUGCCGCUUUGAUUAAUAAAAUGCAUCUUGUUGGUGUAGCUAUAAACAAGGAAAGCAGCUUUCUAACCUCAAUACAUCAUAUAUUUAACACAAUUAAUAUUUAUGCUCCGAUGUGAAGGAAAAUGUCAUUUAUAUUCUGUGUUGGGAGACUUUGUUUGCAUUAAUAAGCAUGGUGUAUCGUGGCUUCCAGUUGGAUGUGCUUACUGUUUUCAACAGAUGUGAAUAAUACCCUUGUGGCCCUCCUCCAUCUAUGUCAA